UCCCGGGUGUGCGAGGGGCGGAGCGGGGCUGGGCUGGGCCGGCCUGGGCGAAGAGAGUCCCGCCGCAGCCUGAGCUGCUCUUUUCUGCGAGCGGCAUGGAGUGAGAGCGAGCGAGGGCUGGAGGUGGCCAGCGGGGCGCAGCAGAAGGGGGACGCCGAGGCGAGCGCGAGAUGGCUGCGGAGAUGGCGCGGGGGCUCCGGCUCCUCCUGCUUCUCGCUGUUGGGACUCAAGCUAAGAUAUCCUUCACGAAGGAGCCGUACUCCCAGGAUGCUUUCCAUGGCCGCAGCGCCAUUUUGCGCUGCGAAGUGGAGGAACCAAGAGACACAGAGUUUGAGUGGCUGCAGAAUGGGGUCCCCGUCCAGGACACGGAGCGCCGCUUCAAGGAAGGCAGCAGCCUUCAGUUCACAUCUGUUGACCGGCAGCAAGAUGGCGGGAACUUUCAGUGUGUGGCCAGGAACGUAGUGACGGGAGAAGAAGCUCGGACCACAAAUGCAUCUUUUAACAUAAAGUGGAUCGAAACAGGGGGAGUUGUCCUGAAGAACCCGGCCAGAGCGGAAGAUAUACAGAGUUCUGCUCCAGUAACGUUGCGAUGCCAUAUCGAUGGGCACCCUCGCCCGACGAGCCAGUGGUUCCGGGACGGGACCCAGAUUGAAGACGACCGAACCAACUAUUCCGUCAGCAACAAGGAACGGACGUUGACCCUCAAGAGCGCCAGCCCGGAUGACAACGGGGUCUAUUUCUGCUGUGCUCGGAACGCCAUGGCCUCGGUGUGCAGCAGCAACAACUUCACUCUCAACAUCAUAGAUGAAAGCUUUCCCCGCCCCGUGAUUGUUCCUGAGAACCAGAUUGUCAAUCGGAAUGAGGAGGCCAUGUUCCACUGCAAGUUCCAGGCUGUGCCACCUCCCACCCAGGAAUGGCUAUUCGAAGACGACACUCCUGUUUCCAAUAAGUCCAGGACGGUGCUGUUCUCCAACGGCUCUUUGCUGAUACCUCAGGUGAAACCGCGCAGUGCAGGAGUCUAUAAAUGUGUUGGUCGUGGGCAGAGGGGGAAGGCCGUUGUUUUGGAGGCAACGCUGCAGCUGGCAGAAAUUGAAGAUUUCACCUACCUGUUUGGCCCAAAGACGUUCAUCGCCAACAAAGAGCAGCGGGUGUCCUGCAUAGCGCCUCGGGGGGUCCCUGAACCCCGUAUCUGGUGGGAGAGAAAUGGCGCCCCGCUCCCUGCGACUGGCAGGGUACGCCAAGAAGCCGAGGACCUUGUCUUCACUAGCGUUGUAGAAAAGGACUCUGGAGUGUACACCUGUCAUGCGGUGAACAAGGCUGGAGAGAAGAAGCAGAACUUGACCAUCACAGUAGCUACUAUGCCAAAAUGGGUGGAAAAGCCCAAGGACAGCCAGCUGGAAGAGGGCAAGCCAGGAUACCUCCACUGUCUCAGCAAAGCGUCUCUGAAGCCCACGGUCAGCUGGUUUCGCAAUGGCAUCCCCAUUUCAGAGGAUUCCCGCUUUGAAAUUGCAGAGAAUGGGACGCUGAGGAUUAACAACGUGGAAGUGUACGAUGGGACAGUAUUCAAGUGUGUGAGCAGCACACCAGCCGGGAGCAUUGAGGAGCAGGCUCGGGUGCACGUCCUCGAGAAGCUGAAAUUCACCCCUACCCCUCAGCCUCAGCAGUGUGUCGAGUUUGAUAAAGAGGUCACCGUCUCUUGCUCAGCCACAGGCCGGGAAAAGCCUGCAAUCCAGUGGAUUAAAACUGAUGGGAGCAGCCUUCCAGGCCGGGUCAGUCAGAAUGCUGGAAACAUGAGCUUUCGUAAAGUGACGAGGAGUGACGCCGGAAAGUAUACUUGCAUUGCUUCCAACGGCCCUCAGGGAGAGAUCAGAGCGAACGUCCAGCUCACAGUGGCAGUUUUCAUAAGCUUUAAGCUGAAGCCAGAAGACACAACCGUCUACCCGGGACACACAGCCAUAUUCCAGUGCCAAGCCGAAGGCGACCCGGCGCCACAAAUCCAGUGGAAAGGGAAGGACAGGCUUCUGGAAGUCGACAAAUUUGGCCCCAGGGUCCAAAUUAUGUCUAACAACUCCCUGGUAAUCUAUGAUGUCACCAGUGAGGAUUCCGGGAAGUAUACGUGCAUCGCCGGAAACAGCUGCAACAUCAAGCAUCACGAAGCUUUCCUCCACGUCGUGGACAAACCAGUGACAGAAAGGGAGGGUGCACCAAGCAGCCACACUCCCUACAAGAUGAUCCAGACCAUUGGGCUGUCCGUUGGAGCUGCGGUGGCGUACAUCAUCAUUGUCCUGGGCCUCAUGUUUUACUGCAAGAAGAGAAGGAAGGCGAACAGGCUGAAGAAGCAGCCGGAGGGAGAGGAACCGGAGAUGGAGUGCUUGAACGGGGGCACUCUGCUGCAGAAUGGGCAAACCACCGCUGAGAUUCAGGAAGAAGUGGCCCUGACCAAUCUUGGCAGCGGCUCUGCGGUCAGCAAGAGGCACAGCGCCAGCGACAAGAUGCAUUUCCCCCGCUCCAACCUGCAGACAAUCACUACCUUGGGGAAGGGCGAGUUCGGAGAAGUCUUCCUGGCCAAGGCAAAAGGCAUUGAGGACAACGAAACCGAAGUGCUUGUUUUGGUCAAGAGCCUCCAAACGAGGGAUGAGCAGCUGCAGCUGGACUUCAGGCGAGAGUUCGAGAUGUUUGGCAAGCUGAACCACAGCAAUGUGGUGCGGUUGCUGGGCCUUUGCCGGGAAGCUGAGCCUCACUAUAUGGUUCUGGAAUAUGUGGAUCUGGGAGACCUGAAGCAGUUCCUCCGGAUUUCCAGGACUAAAGAUGAGAAGCUCAAGACGCAGCCCAUCAGCACCAAGCAGAAGGUGUCCUUCUGCUGCCAGCUGGCCCUGGGGAUGGAGCACAUGUCCAACAGCAGAUUCGUGCACAAAGACCUGGCGGCUCGGAACUGCCUUGUCAGUGCACAAAGGCAGCUGAAGGUGUCCAGCCUGAGCCUCAGCAAGGAUGUUUACAGCAGCGAGUACUAUCACUACCACCAAGCCAGGAUCCCUCUCCGCUGGAUGCCCCCUGAAGCCGUCUUGGAGGACGAGUUCUCCACCAAGUCCGACGUCUGGGCCUUCGGGGUCGUCAUGUGGGAAAUAUUCACGCUGGGCGAUAUGCCCCAUUCCAAGCUGGCGGAUGAAGAGGUGCUGUCAGGUUUACAGUCUGGGAAGAUGAAGCUCCCCCACCCAGAGGGCUGUCCCUCUAAGCUCUACAAGGUGAUGCAGCGCUGCUGGGCUCCCAGCCCGAAGGACCGCCCGUCUUUCAGCGAGGUCGCCAACAUGCUCGGAGAGAGCCCGUCCGAAAGCAAGGCCUGAGCGGGGAGGCGCUGCCCCCCCCCCCUGGCCGGGGUUGGGACACAGCAGGAGCCUGGCUUUUGGCAUUUUGACUGUUACAGACUCCUCAAACCGGGACCUAAGAGUCGAAACCCAACGGGACCACGGGAUUUUUUUACACGCAGCGCCCACGCGGAGGGUCACGGACACAGCGGCCCCCUGGACUCGAGGCCUCUUUUUUCCCUACCAGGCCCACCCACCCCUGUUCCCUUGCGCCCAACCAGACCGCGUUCCUCCAGGUUCUACCUCCGAUAAUCCGCAGGGCUAGUUGGAAACAGCAACAUCCCAGAGACAAAGGGGAAUCUGGGAGCUACCACGGGCCAGUCACAGGCUCUGUGACGGUUCCUCUGUCUUGGGACACCUAUCCCUUUCUCCCUCCCCUUGAACAAAACCCCUUUGGGGGGAUCCUUUUAGCGAAAAGCACAGCCAGGUUCCUUCCAGGAGCUAGAAAGUGUCUUAACACGGGAGGGGGCGGGUUAGAGUGGAGCAUGCUGGGGGCAUUUCUGUGCUGCUGUGCAGCCCACAAGGGGUUUUUUUGGGGGAGGGGAAGAAGUCUUAAGUAAGCCCUGAGCAAUGCCCCUUUUGGGCACCAAAGGGGGGAGGCUGUCGGCUUCUGUAUUUACAGCAAAACCACGUCCCAGCGCCUGCCCAGGUCCGCCUUGGCAUUUCCUGCUGCCUUGAUUUAUAUUUCCCAGUGCAAUGGCUUCAGCAACAAAAACUCCCAACCCUGCACUUGCGUCAUUUUCGAACACCUCCUUCCCCAACUUUCUCCCAUAUCAGUUGACCUGACCCAGGGGGCUUGGGAAGGAAGCCAGCCCCACUCCCUGGGCUUGUACGCCUUAUCUGAACAGGGUUGAUUGAGUGGCUUUUUUGUGUGUGGCCACAUUACCCCCCGCCAUUUUCUUGGGAGGUUGCCCCCUUGCACAGAAUCUGGUGUCCCGCCCACACUGGAAAGGAGGCCCCCCCCCUUCCUUGCCCCGUCACACGCAGUCCUUUUCCUUCAGCCGGCGAGGAACCUGUAUAUUUAUUAAGCAGUCCUUCCACCUCUCUUCUCCUCGUGUCGUCCAUCUGUCAGGCCUUCUGGCACCUCCCUGCGUAUCCAAAAAAAAACACAGUGCAAAGAACACUCAAGUGCCUGGCAUAUGAAGGAGAUUUUUCACUAGCUUUCCUGACUAUCCAAUGCCGCCUUUUUAUAUGAUUAUUUGGGGCAAUGUUUGAUUUCCUUUCUUUCUUACUUUUUUAUUUUUUUUAAAGUUGACACCUCUCAGCCUUAGUAAUUCUUUUAUAUAUAUUAUUACUGGAAUUGCAGCCUAGAGUCAUUUUUUUGUUUGUUUUUAGUUUCAGUUUGCUUAAGCGGAGGGGUAGAACAGCCAACAGGUGUUCGUUUUUUUAAAAAAAACAAAUAAUAUGCUGCUCUCAAUAAAGACUCCCUCAUUUUUUUAAAAAAAAAACCACACAAACAAUAAGACCAGUCCUGUAUUGCUUUUCUCUGCUUUCUCACCACCCACCCACCCUUUCCCUCUGGAGGGGGGGGAUCCUGCUUUCAAGAAUAAAGUUAUACAGUAUUUUAUUUGAGGCUCCAGGAAGUCUGGUUGGGUGGAAACUCUCAGCUUGCACAAAGUGGCCAAGAAUCACCGUGUGUUUGGCAAGACGCAAAGAGCACAGUUCUUCUCCGCAACCUGCAAUACACCUUUAGUUACCGAAUCGGUUUGUUUGUUGAAAUUAAAAGCAUGGUCUCUAUUGGGGAAGCGCCGUAAUUCAAUGCUAGAGCAUUUCCUUUGCAUGCAAAAGGUCCCAGGGUCAAGUCCUGGCAUAUGCAGGGAAGGGCUGGGAGAGUCACUUACCUGAAACCUUAGAGAACUGCUUCCAGUAGGCAAUACUAAGACAGGUGGCCCAAUUGGUCUGACUCUUCCAAGAUCCAAGAGAAGAUAUUCUGACUAAAGAUCAAGAAGAACUUUCUGACGGUAAGGUAGUGGAACGGACUCCCUUGGGAGGUGGUGGGAUCUCCUUAGAGGUUUUUAAACAGGUUGGGUUGCCAUUUGUUGGGGAUUCUUUAGCAGUGAUUGCAAAGGGUUGGACUAGAUGACCCUCGGGAUCCCUUACUAGAAUCAUAGAGUUGGAAGAGACCACAAGGGCCAUCCAGUCCAACCCCCUGCCAAGCAGGAAACACCAUCAAAGCAUUCUUGACAUAUGGCUGUCAAGCCUCUGCUUAAAGACCUCCAAAGAAGGAGACUCCACCACACUUCUUGGCAGCAAAUUCCACUGUCGAACAGCUCUUACUAUUCGCUCCGGUUUAUCUGCGGACGAUCAGGAGGAAGAACGUUGCCUUUCACAGCUUGUAAGGGGAUAUAUCAUUGCACAGCCUUCUCUUGAUGACAGAAUACACAAAGAGAUUAGAUUUAAAAUUCAGGGAAACAGAAAUGAAGUGUCCCCCCCCCCAUCUAACAUCAAAACAUGCUACCAAUAAAGCAUAAUUUUAGAUCAAUUCAUUUCAUUCCCUGGACAUUUUCGAAUGAAGAACUGAACACAGUACAGAUUGUACACAUGCAAAGUGCCUUUCCCCUCUAGAUGUGGUUGGGCGAGCCAUAAAAAGUUUUAUCAAAUCUUCUCCCGCAAGGCAGAAUCACCCCCUCUAUCUACACCUCUCCCCAAAACACAGAUUAACCUACAUAAUCAAUUAAGACUACGGUUAUUGCUCUACAAACUUCCAUUCAGCUGCGCGGUUCCAAGUUUUGGACCUGCGUCGUCUGAAUAAAUUGGCUCUACCUGUUUUCUAUCACUACAGUAGUUUGAUUUCAUUGUAUGAACCCAUGAAGAUAAUAGUACCAUAGGAAUCUCUCAUUCCUUAUGUUGUAAACCACCCUGCGUUUGAAGGGUGGUAUACAAAUUUAAUUAAUAAUAAAUCAUCAUUGGUACUGUAUUUGAAUGAAUGAAUGAAUGAAUAUUAUGGUCGGAGACCAGCUUUUAAAACACCUUUGGGGGAAACAGUCCCAAAGGGCAAAACAUGCAUAUAAAACUUUAUACAAUGGUAAAAUUGAUGUUUAUAAAUUCAAUGAACAUAAAGGUACUGUAUUAUAUAUUUUUCUUUCUUUUAAAAACCACAUACAAAGCUAGCAGGCACACCAACUCCUAGGGGCCAAGGUUGAGGCAGUUUCGCCACACCCCAAUGUAAUAUUCAGGGGGUGUUUGUCUUUGCCCCCUGGCUGCUUGCAAUCUCGCGUGCAUGACGUCACUGAAAGACAGUGGCUGUCCCAAGGUCGCCCAGUGAGCUUCAUGGCUGGGGGUGCAGGAUUUGAACCUGGAUCUCCCCAGUCCUAGCCAAAUUGCCACACCAGACUCUCUCUCUCACAUGUAACAGAGCUGCAGCUACCAAGAAGACUGCGUCUCGGAGCAACCACACACUUUUUAUCAGGCAGCAGACUUUGAUAGGUGCAUGACAAAAUUUAUUCAAUCCAAGAGAACUCCAAUAACAUUAUUCCUGUUCCGGAAACGUUUGGGCUAAAAGUACACACCGUGCCAAUUUUAAACCCUUUUAAAAAUAUGUCAUUACAAAUUCCUCGUAGCAGCUUCAGUUUUAAUUCCUCUAAUCCCAGAUUUCUGGCAACGGCAACAAAAGCCUUAACUUUCCUCUGAAAAUCCAUGGAGAGAGAGGGAGCACAGAUGGAGCUAACUUAAGAAGGGACUUUGAUGGAUGUCAAUCACCUGGUGCCGGCAGAAAUGGCCCAUUCAGUCGGCCAAGAAGUACCCAACCUUUGCCCUCUUGCAGCAAGAACACACAACAAAACAACAACAACGACUUUUUGAGGUUUGGAAGGUUGUUAGGAAAAUGCAUCAAAAUAUUUUGGAUGGAUGAAUGACUGAUGGGAAGACUUUUUCUAACAACCCCACAAGCAAAUUAGGAAGGAUUCUAAUUGCUUUUUUAACUGUCCUAUAAGCCAGAACAAAUGUUCAGACCAGAUAUAGUCUAUUGAUUGUGUAAACCCCUUUGCUACAACAGCUCCACCAGCUGCCGUCUUAUUUCCAGGCACAAUUCAAAGUUCUGGUUAUGACUUUUAAAGCCCUACAUGGCUUAGAUCCAAACUAUAUCCCCUCAUAAGAACUUACUUUGGUUUUGAGAUCUUUGGGAGUGGCCCUUCUCUCUGUCCCGCCACCCUCGCAGGCGUGCUUGGUAGGGAUGUGGGAGAGAGCCUUCUUGGUGGUAGCUCCCAGGUUGUGGAACUUCCUCCCUAGAGAAGCCAGACUGGCCCCCUCCUUCUCCUGCCAGCAGGUGAAGACAUUCUAUUAAGACUACAUCUAAUGAAGGGGUUGGUGCCAUGCAGUUUCUAUUGUAAUUGUACGGUUUUAAUAGAGAGUUGAUGAUAGGAUAGAUAGAUAGAGUUAAAUCUUUCAGUGUUUAAUUGCUUUUUAAUGGUUUUUUAAAAAUGUUUUUAGCAGCUCUUGUUUUUCUGUAAGCUAUCCUGAGUCCUGUCGGGGGGGAAAUGAGGUUAUAAAUAAGUAUACAAUAAAAAACAACUAUAGUAAGCUUUGUACCCUGUUUCUCCGAAAAUAAGACGUAGCCAUAAAAUAAGCCGUAGCAGGAUUUUUAAGCAUUCAAGGAAUAUAAGCCAUACCCUGAAAAUAAGACAUAGUGAUAGGCACAUCAGCAAUGCCAGCCGCAGGAGGAGGAGGAGGAGGA